AUGGAUAGUGAGUCCCCUAUGAUAACCGAGUACGUCGGCUCCGACGGUCAAAAUGUGAACAGGUAUGAUCUCAACGAGAAAGAUGCAAUGCGUAGCUUUUGUUUUCUCGGGGGCUGUUCAUUAAUUGUUGUAAGUGCAAUAGUUACACUUAAUGUCUUCGCCAUUCUAACACCCAGCAUAUACCUACUUAACCUAUUCCAAGGACUAUUCGGAUUAUGUGUUAUGAUUGUUGAAGGAAAAAACUAUUCUAGCUUACAAAAAUAUUAUAUGCAACUUGAGGCAUAUGCUAGAUUUUUGACUGUUCCAAAUGCCAAGGCCAUAUUUUACCUAUUUUUAGGUGUAAACUCGUUUAUAUUGUCUGGAAUGUCAUUUAUGCACUUUAUACAGGGCAUUUUCUGGAUGUUAAUGGCCGCUGCUAUAUUGGUUAUCCCUAACAAGAAUUAG